AUGAAACAAUCUGGGCACACAAUCACGGUGAAACAAUCUGGGGGAACAAUCACGGUGAAACAAUCUGGGCACAUAAUCACGGUGAAACAAUCUGGGCACACAAUCACGGUGAAACAAUCAGGGGGCACAAUCACGGGGAAACAAUCUGAGUGCACAAUCACGUUGAAACACUCUGGGGGCACAAUCACGGUGAAACAAUCUAGGGACCCAAUCACGGUGAAACAAUCUGGGGGCACAAUCACGGUGAAACAAUCUAGGCACACAAUCACGGUGAAACAAUCUAGGGACACAAUCACGGUGAAACAAUCUUGGGGCACAAUCACAGUGAAACAAUCUGGGCAAACAAUCACGGUGAAACAAUCUGGGGACACAAUCACGGAGAAACAAUCUAGGGACACAAUUACGGUGAAAAAAAUCUAG